AUGGCGACCAAAGCAAGAACAUCCAGCUUCGACGCCGCCUCAUCUGAGUUCCGCCAGCAUCUACCAGAUCUAAGCAUACCGCGAUUCACCGUUUCGAAGCAGCAGAAUGCAUAUGAGUACGCCGAUGACUUCAAGAAGAACCAUGUGCCUCCUUGGCUGUACAAUCUCACGGAGACAUGGAAGGAACUGCUGAAAGAACCAUUCACUGGUGUAACGACAGAUGGGAAGAUCAAGCCCAAUCUCUUCGAGCUUGAGGAUAUGGGCAUCGAUGUUGAGGGCGUAUGCAACGCUACAAAAAACGUGCUUGGCCAAUGCAGUCCAGAGCAGAAGCAGAAGCUGCAUCAUCCUGUCAAUGCGCGCGAGUGGCGGGCCUGGUCCAAUCCUGAGUUUCUACUUAGACCAUUCGGUCUUCGCCUUGAGGACUUACCGGAGGAUCUGGCAACAUCAAUCUUGGGAGUGCUCGAAGCCUCCUUCUCUCCGGAGGGAUACCAAAAGGCACUCGCAGCAAUGCGUAUCAAUCACUUCUUAGGUGAAGUCUGCGACGUCCGCAAGAUCAUGAACAAGUAUUCGUACAACUUCUUGCUGUUUGGCGAGCCUUCACCAGAGAAAGCCUGGGGCUGGGUGCUGUAUGGUCACCAUCUUUGCCUCAGCGUCUUCUUCAAAGGCAAGCACAUGGUCGUGUCACCAACCUUUACAGGUGCCGAGCCGAAUAUCAUCGACGACGGCCCGUGGUCUGGUACCGAAAUCCUACACACCGAGGGCAACCUGGGUUUGAAGUUGAUGCAGAGCUUUUCCCAGGAAACGAAAGACAAGACACAGAUCUUCAAACUUAUGCGAGACCCGGGAAUGCUCCAAAGCGGCGACCUGAAAGUCGAUCGAUGGAACCAGGACGACCAACGCCACCUCUGCGGCGCCUUCAGGGACAACCGCAUCGUUCCUUACGAAGGCAUCAAAGUCUCAGGCAUGAGCUCCGAGCAACAGCAGCUCAUCCUCGACAUCGUCGAGCAAUUCGUGCUCUACCUCCCUCAAAAAGCUCGGCAGCUGCGCAAAGAACAUGUCCGCCAGCACUUCGACGAGACGUACUUCUGCUGGAUCGGAGGUUACGGAGACAACGACCCAUUCUACUUCCGCAUCCAGAGUCCGGUCAUUGUCUGCGAGUUUGAUCAUCAUUCGGGAGUGUUUCUGACGAAUAAGGAGCCUGCGAAGUUCCACACCCAUACGAUUGUGAGGACGCCGAAUGGAGGCGAUUAUGGGAAUGCUUUGAGGACGGAGGGGGAAAAAGUGCAGUGA